UCAUAAACCAUCCCAGACUGGUGUAGGUGAUAAAACAAUAAAAUAGUUUGACAGUUUUCUUCUGAACUUAGAAAGGAGUGCAAGAUGAGGACCUUUGUUGCUUUAUUCGGAGUUCUCCUCGCCUGCCAGGCGGCUUUGGCUGGUCCCACCGCCAACCCUGGCCCUAACUAUGGAGGAGGCUGGGGAGGCUAUGGAGGCUACGGAUACGGAGGAUAUGGAGUUGCUGAAGUGAUCGCCGAGCCUGUUAUCCCCCUGGGCGGCGGAGUCGUGGAUGUCCGCGGAUACGUCGACAGCUACUUCCCCGGCAGCAGCUACGAGGGUUUCGGCACCUACGGACCCGCCUACGGUGGUCUCGGCUACCCUCUUGAGGUAUACGGAAUCGCACCCUACGGUUACGGUGGUGUCUACGGUGGAGGCUACGGUGGAUGGUAGUUAAUUGUUUUGUAAGUUAUGUAAAUAAAUAUUUUUUUAAACUAA